UGCAGCAACUGUUUCCCAUGUCAAUUCCAGGUUUCUUUUCAACAUGGCUGGGAGUGGGCGAGGAAUAUUUCCUCAUGUUUCUGCUCUGUUGGCUUCUUUGGAAGCUGCAGAAGCCGCCGGUGACUCAGCCCCACGCCGAGCGGGACCUGGCAGCACAGACCCAGAUCAGCCUCUCACAGCCUCAAAAUGUCCCUGCUGCUUCGAGAUGUGUCACUGGAGGAGUCACCCUUCACCUGGCUGCCUCACUCCAAUCCCAGCACCCUCAUGUGUGUAUAUCCCUCUCAGAUUCUCCUCCUGCUAAAGCCUCCUGGUGUUGGGCUCCAUGGUCCUGGUGGGUCCUUUCCGAUUUGGGAUGCUCCACGACUCCACAAUUUGCUCUGCUCAUCCCUGUGGAACAAAUAUGCCCAAGCCACAAUGGUGAAUGGAGGGAAUGAGCAGGCUGUGGAGCACAUCUUUCCUCCUGGAUGCUUCAGCAAUGUUGGGAAUGUCUUCAGAGUUGGGAUUUGGACGUGGACCUCCUGCCAUCCCUGGGCGUGUAACCAUCAGGCUAUGGGUCUGAUUCAGUCUUACAGUUUUGAUGUCUCAAACAAACGUCAGCACCUUUACAAGGAGCACAUUGACAAGUGGAGGAGACAAGCAAGUGGGCUGGAGAAGACAUCUGCCUCCAAUAUUCUGAUGUACCUCAAGGACCUGCGUCUGGAGCCAAUCCUUGUUUGGAGGAUCAAAUCUGAAUUUCCUGAGUGCUCGAGGAAAGCCUGUCAGCAUGAUGGAGUAUCAGCAUCACUCAGCAGGACCUGCUGAGGAACCAGUGUGGGCUUGGCCCAUCCCAGCACUGCUUUAUCCUUUUAAAAUCUAAUCCUCUGUACAUCUCCCCUGGUCGUCAUGGAAAUCUGGACUGAGCUGGAUCCUUAUUUCCAAUUGUGGAUAUGGCACAACCAGACACUGAUUUUCAGAGAGGGUUCAUCACCUUUUUCACCAAUAUUGGGUUGGAGAGCCCUUGAGAUAAACAUGAGAGGUGCCAG